AUGUACGGCGUGGUGGCCGCCAUGACCGUCGGCGCGGAGAGCGAUGUGCCCACUGAUGCGCUCCGCCCGCUGCUGGCGCCCGACGUGGUCGUCACAGCCAAGGUCCGCCUGCUCAACGCGGCGAAUCUUACGGACUACGGGAUAACUUGGCAAGAGCUGACCUGUCCUUCGGAAGGCACGCUGAAGCCGCCCUCUCCUACCGCGGCGCUGCUGUACCUGCGCUUCGAGCAGCGCGCUGAGUCGCAGAACUCGGCCACGCCUCUCACGUCGCGCACGUGGCCCUUUGCUGACUCCGCGCAGCGCACGCCAGUCUACGCCACUCCGCUCGCGUUCCUCUCGCCCAUCGUCUCCUUCCGCUUUUACCCCGGCGCCCCCGCGGGACCAGCAGCGCAGCAGAAAGAACUCAGCUUGGUGGGUCUGGGAGGGUCUAAUGCGGGAGGCGGCCAGAUGCAGGUUGCUUUAAAUGUUCCAAGUGAGCUGCUUGCUUUGCCGCGUGCCUGCACUCUGAUAGACGUCGAGGGGGGUAUAGACCAGCAGACGUUGUCUCUUUCAGGCGCAGCUGACAUUGCACAGUGUUUCAGGUAUAGCAAUUUCAACAGCAGCUACUUCGUCGCGCUGACGGAGCCCGUGGAUCGUCAAUACCAGGUCAAGUUUCCGCCACCCCCUCCGCCAUCCCCUCCGCCUCCGCCUAGCCCCCCGUCUCCGCCUCCGCCUCCCCUUGCCCCUCCUCCUCCGGUCCCCCCGUCUCCGCCUCCCCCUCCGCAGGCUGAAGGCAGCAACACGGCCCUGAUCGUGGGCAUCAGCAUUGGCGUGGGCCUUGCGGUGCUGCUGCUGGCAGGUGCUGUGGCGGCGUUCGUUUAUAUCUGGACGGUCAGGCGGAAAAAGAAUGCGCAGUCACAGCCUGAAGGGAAGGUGGGCCGAGCACAGCUUCUAGCUGCAAUGGCAUCAUUUAAAAGUAGUUCUCAAACUUCGCAACGUACAACCGCCGUGGGUUCGGCCAUAGUCUCUCCCUCCUGUACUCACGCCGCGACUCGUCGCCAGCCCACAGCCAUCGUCCGCGAUAGCUCCACUCAGACCCGCGCGAAGCAAAUCGUCGGACACCGCAAUGCUGACCUCCCGUUCCGCCAAUUCCCGCGUUUCGCCAGACCCGCCAACACAGACACCCGCGGAACCAACGGGUUCCGCCUUUGCGCCUACGCGGAAGCCGCGCCGGAGAGCGGAAGAGGGGGAUCCGCGGGCAGGGGGGACUCGUCGAACGGGGAAUUCGUGGACACGCGCAUUCACUGGAGCUCCCCGGACGAGGGGUGGGUGGGCGGUAACAGCAGCGGGUUCAGUUCCGAGGAGGAGUUCGAGGCGCGAUCGAGCGACGCGGGGCUACGCGCCGCGAUGAGCCGCGACAUGCAGCUGCUGAUCAUGUCCAACUCCAACAACCACUACACCGUGCUGGGCGUGUCGCCCCUGGCGGACACGGACGACGUGAAGGCGGCGUACCGGCGGCUGUCCAAGCGGUACCACCCCGACACGACGCGGCUGCCGCUGGCAGUGGCGGAGCAGCAGUUCGUGCGGCUCAACCAGGCCUACGAGGUGCUCUCCAGCUCCGAGGACCGCCGCCUCUACGACUGGAAGCUAGCCCAAGAAGCUUCUGAUGCGCGUGGGGGGCGGUUUGUGUGGCCGUAUGAGGUGGACCGCACACAGAGAGGCAUGGGCUCUCGGGACCCUCCCUCUCCUGUGGGCAGGAAAGGCCCUGGGGAGGAUGAGAAUGAUGUUCCUCUUUCAGAUGGCUCCAUCACGGCGCUUGCAUUUGAUGGAUUUGUUGUGCUGUUUGCAAUUGCUUGUAGUGUUUAUGCAGCCUACUUUAAGGGGAACUGA